AUGGCGGGGCUCAACCUCGACACGCUCCAUCCGGAGCAGCUCGCCCAAGUCAAGAAGCAGCUCGACGAGGAGCUCGAACACCUCACCAACUCCUUCCAACAGCUUCACGGCGCGUCCAACAAGUUCCGAGAUUGCUUGCGCGUCGUAAAGUCGCGACAACAGGCCGCAGAGGGGUCGAAUAAUGUGCUGGUCCCGUUGACAAACUCGCUGUACGUGAGCGGACAGUUGACGAAUACCGAUCGUGUAUUGGUGGAUAUUGGAACAGGGUUUCUCGUGGAAAAGGAUCUCAAAUCGGCCGCGAAAUUCUACGAGAACAAGGUGACAGACCUCACAAAUAACUUGAAAGAUCUCGAGACCAUUGUGCAACGGAAACAGCAAAAUGCGCGGACGAUUGAGGAGGUACUAAGGCAGAAGAUCAUGGCCCAGCAGGCCCAGGGCGAAGAAGCGCAAGCCGCAUGA